AGAACGACAGGAAAUGUCAAGGGUGCUGCUGGCACUGCACACCAUCACCGGCGGCCUUGUGCUGCUGGUGGCCGUCGGCAGUCUGGUCUGCUGCUACUUCUGCACGUGCUGCCCUGUCCACCGCUGGCUCAGGAGGCGGGGACGCGUCGUACGCACCAACAACGGCGCUCCUCUGGGUCCGGCGCGCUCGGCGCAGACGGCCGCACCGCCGCCGCCCGCUGCCGGCUACGAUAGCGGCUAUCGGGUGCAUCCGCCGCCGCCUGCACACGCGCACGACCCGGACACCGCCCCGGGGGCACUGGUAGCGGCGGCCACAGGCUAUGCGCAAGACCCGCCGCCAUCCUACCCCGGCACCGGGCAGUAG